CACUGCAAAAUAUGAAACAACUCAUUUGCGGAGGAGUAAAUCACAGAAAACUGUUUAUGAACUGGCACCACAUACUGGAACUGUAAUGCAUGGAUACUUCACUGGCGGGGAUUUUAUGGAAUCGGCAUGAUUGUGGCUUGAACGUUUACAAGGGCUGCUAAAUACUGUAUUUACCUACAUUGGGAACUACAAAGUGUUAUUUCUAUUCCUGAGAAACACUGUGUUUUUAAUACUCAACGCUAACUGAGUCUUUUAAAACACGAACAAGCAGCAAAAAAUGAGUUCAUAUUUUGUAAAUUCUCUCUUCUCCAAAUACAAAAGUGGCGACUCUUUACGUCCCAGCUAUUAUGAGUGCGGAUUCCCACAGGAUUUAGGCACUAGACCCACGGUAGUUUAUGGACCCGGUACCGGAGGAACUUUCCAACAUCCAACACAAAUACAGGAGUUUUAUCACCCCGGCGCGUCCACGCUCUCCACCGCCCCUUACCAGCAGAAUCCUUGUGCCGUAACUUGUCACGGAGAACCCGGCAACUUCUAUAGCUACGACGCGUUGCAGAGGCCGACCCUUUUCGGAACCCAAGACGCGGAUUUGGUCCAGUACAGCGACUGCAAGCUGACCGCCAGCAGCCUCGGCGACGAGGCGGAGAGCGCGAGUGCUGAGCAGAGUCCGUCUCCGACGCAACUCUUCCCGUGGAUGAGACCACAAGUAGCUGCCGGACGGAGGCGAGGCCGACAGACGUACAGCCGCUAUCAGACACUGGAGCUGGAGAAGGAGUUCCUCUUCAACCCCUACCUGACUCGCAAGCGGCGGAUCGAGGUAUCGCACGCCCUGGGACUGACCGAGAGGCAGGUCAAAAUAUGGUUCCAGAACAGGAGAAUGAAAUGGAAAAAAGAGAACAACAAAGACAAGUUUCCGAGCAGCAAGACGGAGCAGGACGCCAUCGAGCACGAGAGGAAAGAGAAGGAGCAGAGUGGGGGGACCCAGUCGACGGAGGAGGACUGCGACAAAGCCAAGCAAAUAUAGAGGAACGACGGACGUGGGAAUCAGCACCGCCAGAGACAGUCAGAGAGAAAGAGAGAGAGAGAGAGAGAGAAAGAGAAAAAGAGAGAGAGAGAAAGAGAGAGAGAAAAAAAUCAGCAGGGUUUGAAUACUGUUGAGAAACAAUGCAAUCUUCUGAUGAUGAUCACCGCUCCUUAGAGGACACAAGCGAGGAGCUGAAAGUAAACGGCAAAAUCAAGAU